GGCACGCGGUUGUUGCGAUUGUACACACCACACAACCAACCCACUGAGGAAGCCUGCCUAUACUACUGUCGACCUUUAUCUCUCCACGUACUCCCGCGAAAGUCGAGACCGCGCCAACCAGUUCGGGACGGCCCUUCUCAUCCGUUAACGCAGGCGCAUUCUUGUCCCCUUCGACCACCGGUUGCAGCGAAGACGACGCCAGAGAUGGUCACCACUACCCAGUGCAAGCUCCUGGCCGCCCUGGCUUUGGUCCUGCUGUGCUGCGCCAUGGUCACCACCAACGCUGACUACACCGUGGACGACAUCCGGCAGAUCGUGAACCGUCGCAAGGGCCUGGAGAUCAUACGGGAAAUCGUCGACGAUCUCCAUCGCCAGCUCACCACCCUUCACAAGCGGUCGUGCCACAUCGAUGCCGGCUUGAACCGCGGCUGCGACUACAAGGACAUCAUGGAUGCCGUCGAGGAGAACAAGUUCUGGAAGUCCAGGGACUCGCCCGGCCGAAGGCGGCGAUCCAUUGAAGAGAAGGCGGCCAAGGCGGCGACCUCGAGCCAGGCCACGCAGGACGCGGUCGUCAGGAGCGUCCAACAAGCAGCAAACUAGAUGUUGACCAGCCGCCUUAGCCCUUCCCGCGCUUCCAUACGUUUCCCGUUUCCCUCGCCGGGCAGCCCAUCCCCAUUGCUAUAUAUAACGUACAUAUAAUACGGCCCCCAUGCAGUCCUGCCCUUCCAAGGAGCGCCGCCAUCCACGUAUUCUCAUCCUAACCGCAACGACCACUCCACGUCACCCGCCACUCCGAAGUACUCCUUGUCAUCGCCGGCAGCAGCAUGGUCUUCUCUCUCUUCUUUUUUCCCCCUUUUUGUACAAAGUACUCCACCCUACAGAUCUGCUCCACGUAGCCGCAUGUUCGAUGUGCUCCGCGACCACCGCCACAGUCGCUUCCUCGACCACGGCCCCAGCAAGGCCCCAUGGUCCCCUCGUGCGCUCAGUGGCCCGCUUCAACUCCUCCGUGGGGGCUCUGCGUUCGAUACGUCCUUCGUCUAUGCGUGGCCACAACAUGUACUACUUACUAGUUUACCAUGUAAACAAUAAAGUGUCUAUUUUCCCCCA